AUGAGAGGGGAUCAACUGAUGGAAACCAUCAACAAGGAUAAAGAAAAAGGAUUAAUUCCAUUCUACGUUUGCGCUACUUUGGGGACAACAGGAGCCUGUGCAUUCGACAACUUGAAGGAAAUCGGGCCGAUCUGCGAGAAGGAAUCGAUUUGGCUGCACGUGGACGCAGCCUACGCCGGAGCUUCGUUCAUUUGUCCGGAAUUCCGAGGUUUUUGCGAUGGAAUUCAGCACGCCAAUUCUUUUGCUUUCAACCCAUCAAAGAACCUUCUACAUUGGCAAAUGCAGAUGAGCCGGAGAUUCAGAUCGCUGAAAUUGUGGUUCGUGAUCCGCAAUUAUGGAAUAGGAGGACUGCAAAAGCACAUAAGACACGGCAACAAUGAAAUUACUGAACAACUCCUGAAAACAAUCAACGAUUCCGGUCAACUUCAUUGCGUUCCUUGUUUGAUCAAAGGCAAAUACGCCAUUAGAUUUGCCGAAAUGGUGGACUACAUAGCUGAUUACUUGGAAAACAUCAGAGAAAAACGAGUUUUUCCUGAUGUCAAACCUGGAUAUCUGAGAAAUCUAGUUCCUGAUUGUGCACCACAAGAAGCUGAGCCUUGGACACAAAUAUUCGAUGACGUUGAAAAUUUCAUCGUUCCAGGGUUGACUCACUGGCAAAGUCCACACAUGCACGGUUACUUUCCGGCGUUGAAUUCUCCGGCAUCGAUUCUCGGAGACAUGUUGUCGGGGGGAUUCAACUGCAUCGGAUUCACUUGGGCUGCGAGUCCGGCUUGCACAGAAUUAGAGACACUCGUGAUGGACUGGCUCGGAAAAAUGCUGAACUUGCCGGAAGAUUUUCUGCACACGAAGGCGACCAGUUUGGGCGGCGGCGUCAUUCAGACAACGAUGAGUGAGGCUACAUUCGUGACGAUUCUCGCAGCGCGGAAAGAAGCCGUGAGGAAGUUCAAAAUGACGUUUCCGUCGCUGGAAGAGUCGGAAAUCAAUUCCAGACUCGUUGCUUAUUGCCCAUUCUUCUGUGGAAAAAGCGUCGCUCAUGUCACUUGUCAAACUCAGACUGGCGAGAAGGAAUCGAUUUGGCUGCACGUGGACGCAGCCUACGCCGGAGCUUCGUUCAUUUGUCCGGAAUUCCGAGGUUUUUGCGAUGGAAUUCAGCACGCCAAUUCUUUUGCUUUCAACCCAUCGAAGAACCUUCUAGUCACCUUCGACUGCACAGCGAUGUGGGUGAAAAACUGCGGAGCUCUUCAUCGGACCUUCAACGUCGAACCACUUUAUUUGCAGCACGAAAACACAGGUUUGGCAAUCGACUAUAUGCAUUGGCAAAUUCAACUGAGCAGAAGGUUCAGAUCACUGAAAUUGUGGUUCGUUAUUCGAAACUAUGGAAUUCAAGGACUGCAAGCGCACAUAAGACAUGGAGUGAGUUUAGCUGCUCGGUUUGAACAGCACGUGAAGCGGGAUUUACGAUUUGAAAUUCCUGCGCAGCGACAUCUAGGCCUCGUCGUUUUUCGUCUAAAGGGUGAAAAUGAGCUGACUGAAAUGCUCCUGAAAAGAGUCAACGCUUCCGGUCAACUUCACUGCGUUCCUUGUUCAAUCAAAGGAAAAUAUGUCAUCAGAUUCACUGUCACUUCACCACAGACCACAGAAGAAGAUAUUGCGAGAGACUGGGGAAUAAUUCAAACAUACGCCGAAGAAAUCCUUAGAGCUGUUAAUACAGUUAGCACUGAGAAACAGCGCGUCAUUUUGGCAGAAACGAGGAGGAAGAAUGCGAAUUUUGGCACGAGCCUCCUGUUGGCAAAUAUUGUCGGCCAGAAUCCGUCGUCUCCCAAAGUCGUCAAUGGGUCUUUCGCUGCCAUUUUCGACUCAAAUGACGUUUUGUUCGAAUUUGCCAAACAACUGUCGCAAAUGAAGCUCAACAUCAGGGACAGCCCUGCCGUGAAAAGGAGAAUCAGAAGCAUGGUUGUCGGAGGAAAGCAAUACUCGUUGGAUUCUCGGAUGGACUUGGUGUCCUCAGUGAGCGAUCAUUUGCCCACUGAAGAGGAAAUGACCGCCAAUGCAAGCAGCGUUGCCAACAGCAAUCCUUCCGCUCCAACAGCUGCCCCCAGGAGAGCGAUUGGACCGCCAUCUAGGAGACUUUUCAAGCCUAAACCGUCUCCACUUACCUUGGAGUCCCCAAUGGAGGAAAACGUGGAGUUUUAUGCCGAGCCCAGGGAAUUCUUGGCUGAUAUCUCAGAUUCUUUAACAGAAGGGAGUGAAGAAGAAACUGUGGAGCCAAAGUUGCCAAGAGGAAGAUCCUUCUCAUUGGGAGAUACAGUGAAAAUUGAAGACCCAUGGGAGAAGCUGAACACAGGAGGCAAAUCUGCUGACAGUGUGCACCAAAGGGAGAAUGGCCAAAAAUCUGCCAAUUCCUGCUCAUCCAACAAAAGCAACCCGGUCCCACCUGUUCCUCCCAGGUCUCCCAAAGUCAAACCCAGGCGUCAGCAACACCAACUCAUCGACGAUUGA